AUGUGCAUUCUGGAUCCCCUAUCUCGUUUGCAGGAAUGCAGGGGUCAGGGUCGUGGGCUGGCCUGUGCUCCUGUACCCUGUGUUGUCCUCCCUUGCCCUGGGCCCCUGCCCACUGCCCAGUGGGCUCUGGUCGUCUCCCGUAAUGCCUCUUAUAGCCUGGACACAGUGAUCGCAGCCUUGGAGCAGCAGCAGCAACUGCUGCAGCAGAUCCAGGCCACAGCAAGCUCCACGGGAAUCCAGGCUAGGGAGAUGUGGCAUCGGGCCGGAGGGCCCCGGCGUGUGGCCUCCACAGCUGCUGUGCAAGCAACGGUGCAUAGGAUCCAGCGUUUUCUCUUGGAGGAAGGUGCAGAUGCCGUGAGUGUGGAGCUGGCGGCGUGGCGUGGGCUAGCUGUGCCCCUCCCCCAGGGCGGGGCAGCCGGCAUCGCCCUCCUGCUGGAUCAGAUCCAGCAUGCCCUCCCUUCCCCGGACACUGCAGGCCAGGAGCUGCCCAAAGCCAGAGGUGUCCUCCGUCAGGCGCAGCAGACCAGGGAGGGCGCAGCCAAGGCCCAGGACCGAGCGCUAGAUGUUCAGGGGGUGCUGGCUGGGGCAGGAGCCGAUGCAAGGGCUGCAGAGCAAGGGCUGCAGGCGGCCAAGCAGACACUCGGAGGCCUGGAGGCCGGCGUGCAGGAGGUGCCGCCCCACCGCGGCCUCAGCUCCCCGCACCUCUCGUUCCGUGGGGCCACUGUGGUCCCGUUUUCCCCUGAGGUCCCUGCCCCACUGUGA